AUGAACGUGGAGGACGCAAUAACCUUCGCCAGGCAAGACGCUGCGAACGCGUCGGACGCGUACGAGGCCGCCGCGCACGCGCGCGCGGCCGUCGCGGCGAUGCCGGACAAGCAAAGAGCGCUGCGCCACGCGCGCGCGGCCUGCGCGGCGGCCCUCGGCCCGCUGCGGUCCGUCGCGGCCUGGGACGCGGCGACGUACUGGGACAACGUGCCCGAGGGCUUCCAGGCCGCGCACGCGGCCGCGGCCGUGCUCUGGGCGGCGCUCGACGACUGCGCCGGCGCGCGUUUGCAUGUUGACGUGGCCACGAUCUGCGCGUCGUCGGCGCGUCGUUCCGGGCCCGCGCGAGAGAAAAGGCUGGCGGCGCUCCGGUCGGUCCGCGGCGCCGGCGGCAAUUCCGUAGCGCACGUCGCGCCCUGGAGCCACGCCAGCGACGUCAUCCGGCCUCCGCAAAAGAAGCGGCGGGUGGUGGAGCCGCUGGUCGACUCCAUGGAGGUUGUCGCCGCGCGCGCCUUCCGGCCCGGCCUGGCGCCGAAACGGAUCCGUGAUGCUCUAUGUGAUAGCACCCUGUGGCCCUCCGUCGCCGAGCUCGUCAAAGGCUUCGAGGACCGGCACGUGCCGGCGGAACGAGGCCAGGGCGCGGACCGGCGCCAGGAGGUCGUGACCCUGGGCGCGCUGCGCGACGGCAUGCAGGGUGAUGCUGAUGCGCCCUACGUCGCGCAGCACCGGCUCUUCGACCAGAUUCCUGAGUUACGGGACGGCCUGGGCGCGGCGUUUCUGGGUCUCGCGCCGCGGGACGCCGUGGCGGCGAUCUGGGCGGGGCCGGGCGGGACGGCGACGCCGUGUCACUACGACCCCGUCGACAACGUCGUGGGCCAGUUUUGUGGAAGCAAGCGCUGGCGGCUCUGGCGGCCGUCGAGCGGCGAGCCGACGGGCCCUCCGGACUACGACGUCGUCGUGGCGCCGGGCGACGCGCUCUUCGUGCCGCGCGGCUGGUGGCACCGCGUCGAUUCCUUGCCCUGUGAGGGCGGCGCCGUGUCCGUGUCGCUGUGGUUCGAUGAGUCUGGAGAGCUGCCGGCGUUCUCGAACCGGUAA